CUGUUCAACUGCGGUGAGGGCACCCAGCGAGCUAUGCAGGAGCACAAGCUGAAAAUCUCCCACCUGGACAGCAUCUUCCUCAGCAGAGUGGCCUGGGCCAACGUUGGGGGGCUGCCAGGUAUGAUUCUCACCUUAAAGGCUAUGGGGCUGCAGAGGUGUGUGUUCCUGGGGCCACCAAAGCUGCAAAACUACCUGAAAGCCAUUCGCCUCUUUCCUGGGCCCCUGAAAAGGAUGGAUUUGGCUGUGCAGUUGCACACAGAGCCUGAGUACAAGGACGAGACGAUGACAGUCUGCCAAAUCCCUCUGACAGGAAAAUCAUUGACUGCUGAGAGUCCAUCACCUCCAUCACCUGGAGCAUCCAGCCAAGGUGGAUGUAGCCCUAAAGAGGAUACAGGGCCUGGAUCCCCAGGAGCUACACAGCAAAGCUUAGAGGAAGGCAAAGGAAAAGGAAGCCCAAAGAAAACAGGUGCUGAGCAGAAGUGUGCAAGUAGGCAGCCUGAUGUGGUGAUGGCUUUUCUGUGUAAAAUUCACCCAAAGAAGGGGAAGUUCCUAGCAGCCAAAGCCCAGGAGAUGGGGCUGCCAGUGGGAACUCCAGCCAUUCUCCCCAUCAUUACAGCUCUCAAAAAUGGGGAGAGCAUCACUUUUGAAGGCAGAGAGCUCUUCCCUGAAGAACUGUGCACCCCUACUGACCCUGGCCCAGUGUUCCUGGUGCUGGAAUGUCCUCAUGAGGGCUUUGUGGAUGCCAUCUGUGAAAAUGAGACCUUCCGAAGGUACCAGGAGGGACUUCCUGAGAACCAGGUGGCCUUGGUUAUUCACAUCACUCCGGAGUCAGUGCUCAGAGACAGUCGCUACCAGCAGUGGCUGGAAAGGUUUGGCCCUGGGACUCAGCACUUGGUGCUCAAUGAGAACUCCUCUGCUGUGCACAACCCACGCAGCUACAAGAUCCAAACUCAGCUGAACCUCAUCCACCCAGAGAUCUUCCCUCUGCUCACCACCUACCAGAGCAAGGAAGCAGAGGCUGAGUGCCCUGUGCCCUUCGUGCGAGGGGAGUGUCUGCUCAAGUACCAAUUCAGGCCACAGCAGGAGUGGCAGAGAGAUGCUGUGACUGUCUGUGAUCAUGACAUGUUUGUCAGUGAAGCCUUGGAUCUUCCUGACUUCCAGACCUGUGUGAAGGAGUGCAAAGAGAGCCUGUCUGCUGCUCCAGGAAAUGUGGCUGCUUAUCCUGAAAUUGUGUUCUUGGGAACAGGAUCUGCAAUUCCAAUGAAAAUUCGAAAUGUCAGUUCCACACUGGUGAAUACCAGUGCCACCCGAUCCCUCCUCCUGGACUGUGGGGAGGGAACCUUCGGACAGCUCUGCCGUCACUAUGGAGAGCAAGUUGACCAAGUGCUGUGUAACAUCGUGGCUGUGUUUGUGUCCCACAUGCACACAGAUCAUCAUUCAGGGCUGGUGCACAUCCUGAUGGAGCGGCGCAGAGCCUUUGCAGCCCUGGGUCAGCCUUUCAGCCCUCUGUUUCUGGUAGCACCUGAGCAGAUCAUGCCUUGGCUACAUGAGUACCACAACCACUGUGAAGAGAUUCUUGGAGACAUCAAAAUGAUUCCUUCCCUCUCCCUCGUGAAAGGCUGUGAGAACAUCAAACCUAAAGCCAAGGGGUUUGUGAGCUCUCUGUUAGAGAGCUAUGACCUGUCUGAGUUUCAGACCUGUGAAGUCCAGCACUGUAAAAAUGCUUUUGCAUGCUCAGUGAUCCACAAAUCUGGCUGGAAAGUUGUCUACUCUGGUGACACAAUGCCCUGCAUGGCCCUGGUGCAUAUGGGUAAGAAUGCCACCCUGCUGAUCCAUGAGGCAACUCUGGAAGAUGGCAUGGAAAGAGAAGCUAUAGAGAAGACUCACAGCACGACCUCCCAGGCAAUCCAGACUGGGAUGAAGAUGAAUGCAGAGUUCAUCAUGCUCAAUCACUUCAGUCAGAGGUAUGCCAAGAUCCCACUGUUCAGUGAGGACUUCAGUGAGAAGGUUGGAAUUGCCUUUGACCAUAUGAGGGUUCGUUUGGGUGACUUUGGAGCCAUCCCAAAGCUGAUCCCUGCCCUGAAGGCUCUGUUUGCAGACGACAUAGUGGAGAUGGAGGAGCGGAAGGAGAAGCGGGAGCUACGGCUCCUCAAGGAGACAGCCAUAAUCCUGGACAAGCUCACGGCAGGGGAGAACAAGGAAGCAGCGUGCCAGAAGCGGAAACAAGUCAAGAACCAUCAGGAACUGCCAACCAAGAAGCUUAAAACAGUAAACUGA